AUGUCCAUCUUGCCAGUCAGGGUGUGGUCUUCGGAUGGUGGUAAGGAAGUUGAGACCUACGCUUUCUUGGAUGGAGGCAGCUCAGCUACAUUCUGUUCAAGGUCUCUUCUGGAUGAGCUGGGAGUUGUUGGGGAAGACACCAAGAUCUCUAUGACCACAGCUUCAGUCGAGAAUCAGGAGCUGGACAGUCGUGUAGUACGAGGGUUGAAGGUUGCCAGCUUGGACGGCGACAACAUGAUUCCACUCCCUCCUACUUACACUCUCAGUGCCAUCCCUGUGAAGCAUGAGGAUAUGGCCUCAAGUGAAGAGGUUGAUCAGUGUGCCCAAUUGAGGGGGAUCGAGCUGCCCCGCAUCGAUGCAGAGAUUGGACUCCUGAUAGGAAAUGAUUGCCCAGAAGCUCUCCAGCCUGUAGAGAUCAGAAGAAGUCGGAACGGUGGUCCGUACGCUAUUCGAACAGACUUGGGUUGGGUGGUGCAGGGCCCGAGGCACAACUCUCUGCUGGAUGGAAGAAGAGUGAAGGUAAACUGCGUGCAAGUUGACAAGAUGAAGCUUGAUGAGAUGCUGGUUAACAUGUACGACAAGGAAUUUCCAGAGAAGAUCAGCGCCACCGAGAAGGGGCCCUCAGAGGAGGAUCGUCGCUGGAUGGAGAAGGUGACUCAGAGUUGUAAACGACAAGCAAAUGGACACUUCCAAAUAGCGUUGCCAUUCCGAGAUACUGACCCUGCGAUGCCAAACAACAAGACCUGCGCUCAAAGAAGACUCGUGGGCCUCAAGAAGAAAUUGGAGAAGGAUGUGAAGUUCUCUCAAGACUACCGCAAAUUCAUGGAGGACAUGUUCAGGAAGGGACAUGCCGAGAAGGUUCCCACGGAGAGCCUGACAAGAAAUGAUGGAAAGGUGUGGUACAUACCUCAUCAUGGGGUUUACCACCCGUUCAAAAAGGAGAAGAUCCGAGUAGUCUUCGAUUGUGCGGCAAGGUUUCGGGACGUUUCCCUGAACAGUGUUCUCAUGCAGGGGCCAGAUCUCGCGAACUCGUUGACAGAUGUUUUGGUGCAGUUCAGAGAGGGUCCUUGCGCGUUUAUGGCUGACGUGGAAGCUAUGUUUUAUCAGGUAGCUGUUCCUGAAGAGGACCGAGACGUCAUGAGGUUCUUGUGGUGGCCAGGUGGCGAUUUCUCCAGAGAUCCGGAGGAGUUCCGGAUGACCGUGCACUGCUUCGGGGCAAGCUCAUCUCCAAGCUGUGCCAACUUCGCUUUGAGAAAGUGUGCUGAUGACAAGGAAGACUGUGAUCCCGAAGUGAGCAAGGCUGUGAAACAGAAGUUCUAUGUAGAUGAUUGCCUUGUGUCAGUUGAAACGCCAGAAGAUGCUGUGAAGAUGGCGAAGGAGUUGAAAGAUGUGUGUGAUCUGGGCGGUUUCCGACUAACGAAGUUUGUCAGCAACAGCCGUGAGCUGCUCGAGUCGGUUCCAAAGGAAGAACGUGGGAGGUGUGUCACUGAACUGAACCUGAGUAUCGACGCGCUUCCAGUGGAGAAGGCGCUGGGUGUGUGCUGGACGUUGGAGGACGAUGCACUCAGCGUAAGGGUGACGACAAGAAGUUCGCCGGCUACCAGAAGAGGCGUUCUCUCGAUGAUCGCAGCCAUGUAUGACCCCCUGGGAAUCGUGUCGCCAGCUGUUCUUCGAGGACGCCUGAUCAUGCAGGACUUGAUGAGGCUGCAGUUGGAUUGGGAUUCGUCCAUUCCUUUGCAGCAGAAAACACAGUGGGAAGCAUGGGUGGCGAAUCUUCCUGGACUGGCAAAGGUGACGCUUCCGAGAUGCUACCGGCCAGUUGGCUUUGGCGACGUCGUAUCGGCUCAGUUGCACAACUUCUCGGACGCCAGCCAACAGGCUUACGCCUGUGUCACGUACCUGCGCCUCACGAACUCUGCCGGCAAGGUUCACUGUGCGUUCGUUUUUGGAAAGGCACGCGUGGCUCCAUUGAAGGCGAUGACAAUUCCGCGGUUGGAGCUCGCUGCAGCCACGAUGGCUGUCAGGAUAAGCACGAUGCUGGAGAAGGCUCUUGAGAUGUCUAUCCACGGAGUCUACUAUUGGACAGAUAGUACCACCGUGCUGCGGUACAUCCGAAACGACCGGGCCAGGUAUCACACCUUCGUUACAAACCGCCUCGCAGUGAUCCGUGAUGGAUCAGCAACCUGCCAGUGGAGACACGUCGGCUCCAAGCAGAACCCAGCCGACGAUGCAACCAGAGGAGUGCAGACCGAGCGCUGGCUGCGCGGCCCAGAGUUCCUGUGUGAAGAGGAGGCGCGGUGGCCUCAGAUGCCGGCAGCCAUGGUCACUGAAGAAGACGACCCAGAAGUGAGGAAAGAAGUCAAGGUCGCCACAGCUGUCAUCGAGGAAGAGACUCCGACCUGGAGGCUGAUUAGGCACUACUCAACCUGGUACCGGCUAAAAAGAGCAGUUGUGUGGAUCAGACGCGUGGCGCAGAUCCUCAAGGCGCGGAAGUCAGGGAAAGAGGGAGCAUCUUUCAGCGGACGCCUCACGGUGGAAGAGCUCGAUCAAGCAGAGAGGGCAAUCGUUGGCGUCGUGCAGGCGUCGGCGUUUCCAGAAGAGCUGAGUUCGCUGAAGAGAGGUGGCUUGGUCAAACGAUCCAGUCCUCUGUUCCGGCUCAAUCCUCAGAUUCAAGAUGGCAUCAUUUGUGUCGGAGGCAGACUGGGCGCUGCGCCUGUCCACGCGCGUGCACGUCAUCCGUUCCUGCUGCCGGGUAAGGGCCACGUAACGGACUUGGUGAUCCGAGCCUUUCACGCGCUGGCCGGUCAUUCCGGCCGUGAACACGUGCUGGCUGCCCUCCGCAGCAGGUACUGUAUGCUUGUAGAAGCAUUGUAG